CCAUAUAGUCCCAGAACCAUUCCUUUAUAUAAACCCUAAAGUACACAAAGAAAGAGAGGAGAAACAUAAGACAUCCAAUAAAAGUGUUAAGACACAUGGAGAUGUAUGCAUCGACAGUUCAAAGUUUGGAGGAUGUUCGUCGAUCUGUAAAAUAUCACCCAACCAUUUGGGGAGACAAGUUUCUAUCAUAUGCUUCAGCUCAUGAGGAAAGUUCGAGAAGCAACGAAGAGGAAGAGCUUCAGAAACUGAAGGAAGAAGUGAAAAAACUACUUUCUGCAACACCAAAUGAUUCACUGCAUAAACUAGAGCUCAUCGAUGCAAUACAACGCCUGGGAGUGGGCUACCAUUUCGAGAAAGAAAUCGAUGAAACCUUAAAGAUUGUCUAUGAUUCUUAUCUACAAGGUCACAAGAAAGAUACUAAUGAUGUUUACGUCGUUGCUCUUUGCUUUCGCUUACUUCGUCAACAAGGACACAAUAUCUCAUCGGAUGUGUUUGAUGUAUUCUUGAACGAGGAAGGGAAGUUUAAAGAUUCAUUAGCAGAAAAUGUCGAAGGUAUUUUAAGUUUGUAUGAAGCUGCACAAUAUGGAAUACAUGGAGAGGAAAUUCUCGACUUAGCAAAAGAGUUUGCAUUAUCUCAUCUUGAGUCGAUAGUAUCCAAGAUUCGCGAUACUUCUCUCGCAGCGCGAGUCGAAGAAGCCAUAGAAACCCCAAUCCACAAGAGUUUGAAUCGACUUCACGCUGCGAAAUUCAUUCGAAUGUAUCGACAAGAUGAAUGUCGAAAUGAGUUACUUCUUGCAUUUGCUAAGUUGGAUUUCAAUCUUCUCCAAAAGAUGCAUCAGAAGGAGAUAAGUGAUCUUACAAGGUGGUGGAAAGCUUUAGACUUUCGAACUAAAUUACCCUUUGCAAGAGAUAGGAUGGUAGAGUGCUAUUUUUGGAUAUUGGGACUGUAUUUUGAACCCCAAUUCUAUGUUGGGAGGAUUAUAUUGUCCAAAGUGAUUAUGUUGGCUUCUACCAUCGACGAUAUUUAUGAUGUCCAUGGAACAUUCGAUGAACUCCAAAAGUUCACCGAAGCAAUCACAAGGUGGGAUACAACUGCAAUGGAGAAACUACCUCCAUACAUGAAAACAUGUUAUCAAGCACUUUUAAAUGUCUACGAAGAGAUCGAAGAAUUGGCGAGGGUCGAAGAUAGCGCAACAUUCACAAACUAUGCAAAAGAAGAGAUGAAAAAAUUGGUGCAAGCAUACUUCAAAGAGGCUGAAAGAUUGUUCAAUGGCGAAAUCCCUACGCUCGAAGAAUACAUGAAGGUUGGACUUCCAUCGUCGGGCUAUAUGAUGGUCGCCGUAACAUCAUUAAUCGGCAUGGGAGGUUUAGUUUCGAAAGAAGACUUCGAUUGGGUUUCAAGAGAACCAUCGAUAGUUCGCGCAACAUCACUUAUUGCUCGAUUGAUGGAUGACAUGGCUGGCUAUGAGUUCGAAAAGAAACUAUCGGCAGUAGAGUGUUACAUGAACGAUAAAAAUGCCACAAAAGAGGAAGCAUUCGAUGAACUUGAGAAACAAGUUAGGGCAGCUUGGAAGGACAUAAAUCAAGAAUGUCUUUAUCGGACAGCGGUUUCGUUGCCGGUGCUUACACCCAUAGCUAACUCAGCAAGAGUCAUUUAUCUUAUCUACAAGGAUGGAGAUGGAUACACCAAUUCGAAAAUUAAGAUGAAGGAGGCUAUAGAAUCUGUGCUGCUUGAACCAGUAGUUACCUAAAUUGAAAUCCAAGUUUUGCAAAUUUAAUUCUCUAGCUAUUUAUGUUCAAUAAAAAUGACUUUUGUCAUGUAGGUUUCAUUGGUUGUAUUUUGAUCAUAUCCCUUCCAAAAUAUCACCUUUUCCAUUGGAAGGGAAAGUCAAAUUGUGUUUUCUGUGGUUUUCACCGCAGCUUUUUACUAUUCAGAUUAUUUUCGGUUUAAUUUA